UGUGUGUGUGUGUGUGUGUGUGUGGUUGUGUAUCUUCAACUGGGAAGACCUACCUUCUAGGGUUGAAGGACACCAUAUUCGAUCCCAGCCGUGUGAUUGCGGCAGAGAAGAUGGAUAUAAACUACAAGAACAAGCUUGUUCUGGCUCCUAUGGUUCGAGUUGGCACACUGCCGCUUAGGCUACUCGCUGCUGAAUAUGGUGCAGAUAUAACAUACGGAGAAGAGAUAAUUGAUCAUAAACUUAUCAAAUGUGACCGUCGAAUUAAUGAGGUGAUUGGGACUACUGAUAUUGUGGAGAAGGGAACUGAGAAUAUUGUUUUCAGGACCUGCCAUGAAGAAAGCAAUCGGGUAGUAUUUCAAAUGGGCACUUCUGAUGCUGUGAGGGCUCUUACUGCUGCUCAGAUAGUGUGCAAAGAUGUUGCCGCAGUAGAUAUCAACAUGGGUUGCCCAAAAUCAUUCUCUAUUAGUGGCGGAAUGGGCGCUGCAUUAUUGACUAAACCGGAGCUUAUUCAUGAUAUAUUGACGACAUUAAAGCGAAAUUUGGAUACACCAGUAACAUGUAAGAUUCGACUUCUAAAAUCAUCCCAGGAUACGGUAGAAUUAGCACGGAGAAUCGAGAAAACUGGUGUUUCUGCUCUAGCUGUCCAUGGAAGAAGAGUUGCAGAUAGGCCAAGAGAUCCUGCCAAAUGGAAUGAGAUUGCUGAUGUUGUAGCGGCACUAUCUAUUCCCGUCAUAGCAAAUGGUGAUGUCUUCGAAUAUGAAGAUAUUCAGUGCAUUAAAUUGGCAACUGGUGCCUCAGCUGUGAUGGUUGCUAGAGGAGCUCUUUGGAAUGCUUCAAUUUUCUCUCCUAAAGGCAAAGUACCCUGGGAAGAGGUGAAAAGACAAUACGUUAGGAAGAGCAUCUUAUGGGAUAAUGAUGUGAAAAGCACAAAGCACACUUUGAAGGAAAUGAUAAUGCAUUUUUCUUCCCUUGAACUCCCGGAAGGAAAGGCUGUGAAUAAAUCUGAAACAUUGGCAAAUCUAGCGCAACUUUAUGGGGAAGACAAGUACUAUGAAUUUGUCAAUGACAACCGGUUAUCCAAUGGAAGAAGAAGAUGACCUCUUUUUUCUCUUUUCUUGAGAGAGAGCUUGCCUUUCAUCCAAAGUGAAAACAUUGUUUGUUGGUGAUUUACUCGAAGGCAAACCAUUCUUUAUGUCAUCAUGGGAACUCAAAAUUAAUGUGAACGCUCAACUUGGGAGAGAGAAUUGGGAUCCAGCCUGAAGAAUGUAGUUUAGCCUAUUCAAUCAACUUUAAGGUUUUCCGUGUAACAUUGUAUAAUGCAAACAAUUGUUUGGUGAAUCUAUAGCUGAAAUUUUGUUUUUACACAAGUUCCAAUCCCUGAAAACUUGCUCCAAUUGGGUAGCAUAUUGAAUGAAACUUGUGGUUUUCCAAGGCAUGCAAUGUCUAUGGUAUUUUUUGGUUCAUCUUUAACUAGAAUCUUGUUUUUAAACAGGGGCUCCAAUUUCUUUGGUCCA